AACAACAUGCCAAAGCAGGUAGAAGUACGAAUGCAUGAAAGCCAUAUGAGUCCAGUGGAACUUCAACGGAAGCACAUCUUUGUACGACUCUGGCUUUCACUCAGAAAAAAUCUGCUCCUUUCACUUACUGUAUUUGGUGUCAUUAUGGGAGCAUUAUGUGGAACGCUCCUUCGCAUGGCAGCUCCUAUUAAUCCUGAUGUCGUCAUGUUGAUAGCCUUCCCAGGAGAUAUUUUGAUGCGGAUGUUGAAAAUGUUGAUUCUCCCUUUAAUUAUCUCAAGUUUAAUCACAGGGCUGUCUGGCCUGGAUGCUAAGGCCAGUGGUCGAUUAGGGACGAGAGCUAUGGUAUACUAUAUGUCUACAACAAUCAUUGCUGCUGUCCUGGGAGUGAUCUUGGUGUUAGCCAUUCAUCCUGGCAAUCCAAAACUCAAGAAGCAGUUGGGAGAAGGAAGGAAGAAUGAUGAAGUAUCCAGUCUUGAUGCUUUCUUGGAUCUUAUUCGAAACCUGUUCCCUGAAAAUCUUGUGCAAGCAUGUUUUCAACAGAUCCAAACUGUUACCAAAAAGGUGCUCAUCCCACAAGAAGUGGAAGAACCAUCUAAUGUUACAGAUUCCAUCUUUACCAUCAUGAACGAAACAGAAGUUACCGCAGAGCCUCAAUUUGUUGUUAAGAAGGGCCUUGAGUUUAAGGAUGGAAUGAAUGUUUUAGGCCUCAUUGGGUUUUUCAUUGCUUUUGGUAUUGCAAUGGGCAAGAUGGGAGAUCAAGCCAAGAUGAUGGUGGAUUUCUUCAAUAUCUUGAAUGAGAUUGUAAUGAAGUUAGUAAUUAUGAUCAUGUGGUAUUCUCCUUUGGGAAUUGCCUGCCUCAUUUGUGGAAAAAUCAUUGCAAUAAAGGAUUUGGAAGUAGUUGCUCGGCAGCUUGGCAUGUACAUGGUAACCGUGAUUGUAGGUCUUCUCAUCCAUGGAGGGAUUUUUUUGCCUCUGUUGUAUUUUGUAAUUACAAGGAAAAAUCCCUUCUCAUUUUUUGCUGGGAUCUUUCAAGCAUGGAUCACUGCUCUAGGCACAGCUUCAAGUGCUGGUACAUUGCCUGUUACCUUUCGCUGCCUUGAAGAAAAUCUGGGCAUUGAUAAGCGUGUGACAAGAUUUGUCUUGCCUGUUGGAGCCACUAUUAAUAUGGAUGGAACUGCCCUUUAUGAAGCAGUGGCUGCCAUCUUCAUAGCACAGAUGAAUGGCAUUGUGCUGGAUGGUGGACAGAUAGUCACUGUCAGUUUGACAGCCACCCUUGCCAGUGUUGGAGCUGCAAGUAUACCUAGCGCAGGACUGGUGACCAUGCUUCUUAUCCUCACUGCAGUAGGACUUCCCACACAAGAUAUCAGCUUACUCGUCGCAGUAGAUUGGCUCUUAGAUCGAAUGAGAACAUCUGUCAAUGUUGUAGGAGACUCAUUUGGAGCUGGCAUUGUUUAUCAUCUGUCCAAAGCAGAAUUGGAAAACCUUGAUGCCCAUCACAAGAUACAUGAAGAUAUUGAAAUGACCAAGACUCAGUCAAUUUAUGACGAUCUGAAAAAUCACAGGGAAAACAACUCAAACCAGUGUGUUUACACAGCUCACAACUCUGUCAUAAUAGAUGAAUGCAAGGUAACCUUGGCAACCAAUGGCAAAUCUGCAGACUUCAGUGCUGUCGAAGAAGAACUUUGGAAACAUGGGAAAUAAGGUGGAAACCAUCCAGGUCCAUCUUGAAUAAGUCCCUGAAGUUGUCUUUUGGUAAAACAGAUCUCAAGAUCGAAGAUUUUUCACCGUUUUCAUUUAGCAUAGAAAUGUGCUUACUUAAUGCUGUUAAUUGAAACUUAGAAAUGGUCUCAUGAAGUCUUUGUUCUUUUAGUUUCUUGGCCAAAUAAUUUAUCCUAUUUUAUCAUUUGUUUGGAUGUUAGAAAGAGAUUUGGUUGGGUUUCCUCCUCCUGCUCAAAACAUAGAGAAUGUAGAUGUUUAAAGAGGAAAAUUGUUAAAAGGCACAAUAUAGCUGAUUUGCUUCAGGGACUAAGUAUUUAGCAUUAAGUAUAGUGUACGCCAUGCAGAAUCUGCAUUGGUGCCCCUCUGCUGAAUAUGUGGACCUGUUUCUUGGCGCAUACUGAACACAGUGAACACUUUAUGUAAGAUAUUAUUUCUUAAAUGCUUUUCACGUGCUUUACUUUGCAUAUGGCUUUCUUCAGCUCCCUUUUCUCCAA